UGUGUGUGUGUGUGUGUUAUGGCCGUCCACAUAGAGGGUAUCUUGGCUAUAAUCGUCUUCUACGUGCUCAUCCUCGCCGUGGGAAUAUGGGCUGCCUGGAAGAACAAGAACUCGGGAGUGUCGGAGGGCACGGACCGGAGUGAGACGAUCAUGGUCGGUGGGAGAGACAUCGGGUUAUUCGUUGGUGGAUUUACCAUGACAGCGACUUGGGUCGGAGGGGGUUAUAUCAAUGGCACAGCCGAGUACGUCUAUCUGCCUGACUACGGGCUAGCCUGGGCGCAAGCCCCUUUUGGAUACGCGCUUAGCCUGGUGGUCGGCGGCCUAUUCUUCGCCAAGCCGAUGCGCUCCCGUGGUUACGUCACCAUGCUUGACCCGUUCCAGCAGCUGUACGGGAAGAGGAUGGGCGGGUUGCUCUUCAUCCCCGCGCUCAUGGGGGAGAUGUUCUGGUCCGCCGCCAUCUUCAAUGCACUCGGGGCCACCCUGAGUGUGAUCAUAGACAUCAACAUCAACAUGUCGGUCAUCAUCUCGGCCCUCAUCGCCAUCUUCUACACGCUGGUGGGAGGACUCUACUCCGUCGCCUACACAGACGUCGUCCAGCUCUUCUGCAUCUUCAUCGGCCUUUGGAUAAGUGUGCCGGCGGCGCUGGCUAACCCUGCGGUCUCAGACAUCGGCGUGUCAGCGAGGGAGGUGAUCUACCAGUCUCCAUGGCUCGGCAAGGUGGAGCACAGGGACAUAUGGAAGUGGGUAGACAACUUCUUCCUCCUGGUAAUGGGAGGCAUCCCAUGGCAGGUGUAUUUCCAGCGGGUGUUGUCUGCCUCGUCGGCCACCUAUGCCCAGGUGCUGUCCUUCAUCGCCGCCUUCGGAUGCCUCGUCAUGGCCGUGCCCUCAGUACUCAUAGGAGCCAUCGGAGUCUCCACAGACUGGAACCAGACGUCGUACGGCGCCAUUCCCCCGAAGGAUAAGAAUGAGUCGGACAUGAUCCUGCCCAUCGUGCUGCAACACCUCUGCCCCUCCUACGUCUCUUUCUUCGGCCUGGGGGCCGUAUCCGCCGCUGUCAUGUCCUCCGCAGACUCCUCCAUCCUCUCUGCCAGCUCCAUGUUCGCCAGGAACAUCUACCAGCAGGCCUUCAGGCAGACGGCCUCUGACAACGAGCUGGUGUGGGUGAUGCGCUUCACCAUCUUCAUCUUCGGCGGCCUGGCCACGGCCAUGGCCCUCCUGACGGGCACCGUGUACGGCCUGUGGUACCUGAGCUCCGACCUGGUCUACGUCAUCAUCUUCCCGCAGCUGCUGAGCGUGCUCUUCGUGCGCGGCACCAACACCUACGGCUCGGUGGCCGGCUACGUGUGCGGCCUCUUACUGCGCAUAGGGGGCGGCGAGCCCUACCUCCACCUGCCGCCCUUCAUCUACUACCCGGGCUGGCACCGGGACAGCAGCGGGGCCGUGGUGCAGCUGUUCCCCUUCAAGACGGUCUCCAUGCUGGCCUCGCUGCUGGGGAACUUCGCCGUCUCCCACCUGGCCAAGUACCUGUUCGAGAGCGGCAAGCUGUCGGCCAAGUACGACGUGCUGGACGCGGUGGUGGCCAAGCACAGCGAGGAGAUCAUGGACAAGACCACGCUGGUCAACCGCAACACCAUCGGGCUGGCGGAGAUGGGGUCCGGCAAGCCGCGCCUCAGCGUGACCUUGGCCGCCACCUUCGUCCGCAAGGACACGCUGACGGAGGAGGACGAUGAGGAGGUGUCCAGCCCGGACUCCCCUCACAGCCAGGGGCCGCACGACUAG